AUGGGCGACUUCAACGCGAAGGUGGGCUCCGAUAACUCGGACUAUGAGUACGUCAUGGGACAUCAUGGCCUCGGAGAAAUGAGCGAAAACGGAGAGCUGCUUGCCGAGUUUGGUGGCAACAAUGACAUAGUGAUCGGGGGAUCGCUCUUCCCCCAUCGGCCAGUACACAAAGUGACAUGGGUUUCCCGCGAUGGCUUAACGGAUCAAAUCAAAUCGACCACAUCUGCAUCAGCCGAAAAUGGAGAAGGAGCCUCCUUGUGGAUUCAUCGACAGGAGGAGAAGAUCGGGCGUCGGUUUAACACACGUCGUCUGGAAGAUGCUGCGGUGAGAAGGUCCUUCGUCGAGGAGCUGGAGAACCAAGCUGCGGAAGGUGGAAGCGUAGAAGAUCAAUGGACCGCCAUCAAGAACGCCUUCAUCGCCACCGGCGAGAAUAAUCUAGGUGAGCUACGUACCCAGAGAAAACAAUGGAUCACAGAUGACAGCUGGAUGAAGAUAGAGGAACGAAGGGACGCCAAAGCCGCGAUUGAGCGAGCUAAAACGCGAGGAGCCAAAGCCGCAGCCCGUCAGCGCUACACGGCUCUAGAGAAGGAAGUGAAACGCUCAUGUAAACGGGACAAAAGAGCGUGGACAGAGUCCCUAGACGAUGAAGAGCUUGAUGAUCUUGCCGAUCGCAUCUCAGCGGCAGGUAUCAAAAUCAACGUCAACAAGACCAAAUCGUUGGAUAUAAACACGGUCAACCCUUCCAACUUUACGGUAGCUGGGCAAGCAGUGGAGAAUGUCGAAAGCUUCCAAUAUCUUGGUAGCCAAAUGGCGUCUGAUGGAGGCACCAAGAUCGACAUAGGAGCACGGAUCAAGAAGGCGAGGGCUGCUUUUGCGAGUUAUCGAAAUAUCUGGAAAAACAAUCAGAUUAGUCGACGCACCAAAACCCGAAUAUUCAACUCGAACGUGAAAUCUGUACUACUCUAUGCCAGUGAAACUUGGUGCGUAUCAGUGGAGAACACGCAACGGCUGCAGGUCUUCAUCAAUAGAUGCCUGCGGUACAUAAUUCGUGCAUGGUGGCCUCACAACUGGAUCUCUAAUGCUGAGCUCCAUCGUCGAUGUCACCAGAAGCCGAUAGCGACAGAAAUCCGGGAACGAAAGUGGAGGUGGGUCGGCCACACUCUGCGCAGGGGCGGAAACGAAAUCUGCAAGCAAGCGUUAGACUGGAACCCAGCAGGGCAUCGCAGCAGAGGCAGACCCACAGGUUCAUGGUGGCGCAGCCUCAGCAAGGAAAUAAAAGAAGUCGACGAAAGUUUGACCUGGCAGCAGGUCAAGGCGAUGGCGGGCAAUCGCCCAGGAUGGCGAUCUUUUACAACGGCCCUUUGCACCACCAGGGGUGCGCAGGAAGAAAAGUAA